AGUUGGGAAAUGUUCUGGAUGUUGACCAAGACCAGUGUGACGCUGGGCACCAGAGCAGCAGGUUGGGUACGGACCAUGGGCUCCCACCAGCUGCUGGUGCCACCACCAGAGGCCCUGAGCAAGCCCCUGUCAGUUCCUAAGCGGCUCCUGUUGGGACCAGGGCCGUCCAACCUGACUCCAAGAGUGCUGGCGGCCGGAGGGCUGAGGAUGAUUGGCCACAUGCAAAAAGAGAUGUUUCAGAUCAUGGAUGAGAUCAAGCAAGGCAUCCAGUACGUGUUCCAGACCAGGAACCCCCUCACGCUGGUUGUCAGCGGCUCUGGACACUGUGCCAUGGAGACUGCCCUGUUCAACCUCCUAGAGCCUGGGGACUCCUUUCUAGUUGGAGCCAAUGGCAUCUGGGGGAUGCGGGCUGCUGAGAUUGCUGAGCGCAUUGGAGCCCAUGUGCACCAGAUGAUCAAGGACCCUGGAGAACACUACACAUUGCAGGAGGUGGAGGAGGGCCUGGCCCGGCACAAACCAGUACUGCUGUUCCUGACCCACGGGGAGUCAUCUACUGGUGUGGUGCAACCCCUAGAUGGCUUUGGGGAGCUCUGCCACAGGUACCAGUGCCUAUUCCUGGUGGACUCUGUGGCAUCACUGGGCGGGGUCCCCAUCUACAUGGACCAGCAAGGCAUUGACGUCUUGUACUCGGGCUCCCAGAAGGUCCUGAACGCCCCACCAGGGAUCUCCCUCAUCUCCUUCAGUGACAAGGCCAAACACAAGGUCUACACUCGGCGGACAAAGCCCGUCUCCUUCUACACAGACAUCACGUACUUGGCCAAGCUGUGGGGCUGUGAGGGCAAGACCAGAGUAAUUCACCAUACCACGCCGGUCACCAGCUUAUACUGCCUGAGGGAGAGCCUGGCGCUCAUUUCAGAGCAGGGCCUGGAGAAUUCCUGGCAGCGGCACAGGGAGGCUACAGCAUAUCUGCACAAACGCCUGCAAGAGCUGGGCCUGCAGCUCUUUGUGAAGGACCCGGCAAUCCGGCUACCCACCAUCACCACCGUGACUGUGCCUGCUGGUUACAACUGGAGGGACAUCGUCAGCUACGUGCUGGACCACUUCCACAUUGAAAUCUCUGGUGGCCUUGGGCCCUCUGAGGAGAAGGUGCUGCGGAUUGGCCUGCUGGGCUACAAUGCCACCAUGGAGAACGUGGACCGCCUGGCCCAGGCCCUGAGGGAGGCCCUGCAACGUUGUCCUAAGAACAAGCUGUGA